CCAUGACCUCUGACUCCCAAGCCCAGGCUCUUUCCACUGAGCCACACUGAUGCAACUUGACUUCAUGGAGGGCAAAAAGUCUCUCCGAAUUCGUGCUCGACUUUGGGAUAAUGCACUGUUUCUCGCUAUUGCUGCCCAACAAUUCCGGUUGAUAUUGGGUAAAUGCUGUCUUACUUCUGCCUGUUGUCAGAGUCUUUCCUCCACCCUUGCCAACAACCAGAACCUGAAACAUCUGGACCUGAGUUACAGUGAUCUGGGAGACAUAGGGGCAAAAUGGCUAUUUGAGGUGUUGAGACACCCCAACUGUUCCCUAGAGUCAAUGAUGCUGGUGUCCUGUCACCUCACGGACACCUGUUAUGAGGAUCUGUCCUCCAUUCUUACCUGCAACCAGAAGCUGACAUGCCUGAACCUGUUUGAGAAUGACCUGAGUGAAUUGGUGAAACAGCAGCUAUAAAUGGACUCAAAAUGUAAAAUUUUACUAUGAAUGGUUAAGGUAAAUCCCCCUGCCCAACUUUUCCCUCUUACAUCCAAUUCCUAGUUCAGAGAAGAACA